AUGAAGACCGACUCGCUCUUCGUGAGUCAGGAAGCUGCGUUGAACGCGGCAUGUCAGAGCUAGGCAUAGCACAAUAUGAAGGAAGGUUCGAAAUGCUCAAGCAGUCAUUCUGGGUCCUCUAGGCCUCUACAGCGGCUCGACGUAUCGCCGUGAUAAAGCUCGCUGAGGAGAGCCGAGCGGACGUGGACGCCCCUGUCGGUGACGUCUUACCCGAGGUCGGCAACGCCACGGUCGCUGAUGGCCGCAAGCUCAAGCGCGCCAUCACGCUUCACCAGCUUCUCAUCCAUACUUCUGACCUUGGUUACACUUUCUUAUUGGGGGAGGAUUUCGCUUCAAGUCAGAAACUUGAAGGGGCUCAACGAGACGGAGGGGAAAAUUGGGGGGUUCAUGACGGCGCUCGUUGCGGAGCCGGGAGAGGACGCGGCAUUAUAGUAUUGGCGUCGACAGGGCAGGAGAGUCAGCAAAGGCCCCUCGUUAUUUUCUUACUUGAACACCAGGAGCAACGCUAA